AUGAAUUCCAGUGAAUUUUCGGGAUCGUUGGACCCCCUGUCCUUGCCUGACAAACCACUUAUUGGUGAUCUCCCUGCUGACAUGGAGUUUGGGGAAGAUCUCCUGGGCUCACAAACAGCUUCUACCCAGGAAGUUUCAGUUCAUCAGCCCCCUGACUGGGAUCCGUCCAAGAAAAUGACUGCAGAUGGGGAGUUGGAUGUUGUAGUAAAAGCAGACAGCCUGUCUGAACUAAACAAAUCAAACGAUGUUGUUCUAGAUAAACCUAGUGUCUUGGAUAUGCUGGAGAAACCUGAUGUCUUAGAUGACUUGGAUAAAACUGCUGACUUGAUGGAACUAGGUAAAUCUGAGGGUCUGGGUGGGCUGCAUAAGGCACAUCCUACCCAGGAUGUGGAGGAUGGACCAGUGGACUCCUCUGCCCUCUUUAGAGAAGCCCUUGUUCCAGAAACAUGGAAAGAAGGGGAAGAUGCACCAAAAAAUGAUUCUGGGGACCUAAAAGGAGAUGGUGCUGCUGCUAUUCCUGCACUGUCUGAUGACAAUGCCCCUGAAUCGCCCCAACAGCCUGUUCCUGACUCUGGAGACCUCAGCAGUGCCCCAGCCACAGAAGAAAUCACAGCACAGUCCUCAAAUCCACCAGUGCCCCCUCCACAGCUCAGUCUUAAACAGACAAAGAAGACAAGGUUGAAGGCACCGAGGAAGAGCUCACCCAUGCAGAGGGAAGGUCUGGCAGGGGAAGCAGAGGUAGAACUGAGCCCGGACAACGGUACUGCAGCUUUGCCCCCUGAGCCCACAGAGGAAAUCCAGACAGGGGAAGGGGAUGAUAGUGGGAACAACUCGCUUAAAGAAAGUAAUGUACUGAAAGCACAGGAAGCCUCAUCACGAGCAGGAGAAGGCCAGUCUGGGAAGGGAAGUGAGCUGCCAACUGAGAAGGAGCAGAAAAGAAGUGAACGAGCCAGAAGAUCAGAAACUGCCAGGCCUGAAACUGUGAACUCCUCUGAGAGCAUUCCAGUGUCUGAUGAGGACUCUGAUGCAAUGGUGGAUGAUCCCAAUGAUGAGGAUUUUGUUCCUUUUCGUACCCGACGCUCAACUCGCAUGUCUUUACGCACUCAGAUGGCUCAGCGAGCUGCCCGCUCUACUGUCACCAAGAUGACUUGUGCCAACUGCCGGACCCCACUGCAGAAGGGCCAAACUGCCUACCAGCGUAAAGGGCUCCCUCAGCUCUUCUGCUCCAGCUCAUGUCUCACCACCUUCUCAAAAAAACCACCUGGCAAGAAGAUAUGCACCUUCUGUAAAAAGGAGAUCUGGAACACCAAGGACUCUGUGGUCGCCCAGAUCGGUUCAGGUGGCUCUUUCCACGAGUUCUGCACCUCUGUCUGCCUCUCCCUCUACGAGGCCCAGCAACACAGACCAGCACCUCAGUCUGCAGAUGCCUCGGACACCAGCCGCUGCAGCCCCUGCCACAAACCUGGCGAGAUCCAGCAUGAGGUCAGCAAUGGGAACGUGGUUCACCGCAUCUGCAGCGAUGCCUGCUUCACCAAGUUCCGGGCCACCAAGGGGCUGAAAACUAACUGCUGUGACAACUGUGGACUUUACAUCUACAACAAGGGCUUGCCCCUGGAGUACCUCUUCCAUGAAGGCCAGCAAAAACGAUUCUGCAACUCUGCCUGUCUCAACAGUUACAAGAAGAAGAACACUCGGGUCUACCCGUGCAUGUGGUGUAAGACGCUGUGCAAGAACUUUGACAUGCUGCCCAACGUGGAUCGCAGUGGCAAGAUGGGCCUGUUCUGCUCCAUUUGCUGCACUACCUCCCACAAAGUGAAGCAGUCAGGCUUGGUUGGUCCCCCUAGACCCUGCAGCUUCUGCAGAAAGAGUUUAUCUGAACCCUGCUAUUACAACAAGACAGACCGGGUUGUCUACCAGUUCUGCAGCCCCAGCUGCUGGACCAAAUUCCAGCGCACCAGCCCAGAAGGUGGGAUCCACCUCAGCUGCCAUUACUGCCACAAUCUUUUCAGCGGGAAGCCGGAGAUCCUAGACUGGCAGGACAAGGUGUAUCAGUUCUGCUGCAAGGACUGUUGUGAGGACUUCAAGCGGCUGCGUGGGGUGGUGUCUCAGUGUGAGCACUGCAAGCAGGAGAAGCUGCUGCAUGAGAAGAUCCGCUUCUCUGGAGUGGAGAAGAACUUCUGCAGCGAAGGGUGUGUGCUUCUUUACAAACAGGAUUUCACCAAGAACCUGGGCCUGUGCUGCAUCACCUGCACCUACUGUUCUCAGACCUGCCAGCGGGCGGUCACCGAGCAGCUGGAGGGCAGCACCUGGGACUUCUGUAGUGAAGACUGCAAAAGCAAAUACUUGCUCUGGUACUUCAAGGCAGCUCGGUGCCAUGCCUGCAAGCGUCAGGGGAAGCUGCUGGAAACCAUCCACUGGCGGGGGCAAAUCAAACACUUCUGCAACCAGCAGUGUCUGCUGCGAUUUUACAAUCGGGAGGUGGAAGCUUCUUGCCUGGGACUGGAUGAGACGCUAGGGAACAAUCCUGCACUGGCCCUUGGUCAGACUUCAGAGCCAAAACCACCUGCCCCUUCCCCACAGAAGGCAGAGACCAACAUGCUUUCAGCAAAGACGUCCUCAGCCCAGAUAUCUCCAUCCGCACCACCUCCCCCGCCCCCUCCAGUUCCAGCCACCCCUCGGAAAAACAAAGCUGCCAUGUGUAAACCACUGAUGCAGAACCGGGGCGUUUCCUGCAAGAUGGAAAUGAAGUCCAAAGGAUGUCAGACAGAGGCUGACUGGAAGCCCCAGGUGAUUGUGUUGCCAAUCCCCGUCCCGAUCUUCGUGCCUGUGCCUAUGCAUAUGUACUGCCAGAAAGUACCUGUGCCUUUCUCCAUGCCUGUCCCGGUGCCUGUGCCAAUGUUCCUGCCCACCACGCUGGAGAGCACAGAUAAGAUUGUGGAGACCAUUGAGGAGCUGAAGGUGAAGAUCCCAUCCAAUCCUCUGGAGGCUGACAUCCUGGCCAUGGCAGAGAUGAUUGCAGAGGCUGAGGAACUGGACAAGGCCUCCUCAGACCUGUGUGACCUGGUGAGUAACCAGAGUGCAGAGGGUCUCUUGGAGGACUGUGAUCUGUUUGGACCAGCACGGGACGAUGUGUUGGCUAUGGCCGUCAAGAUGGCAAAUGUCCUUGAUGAGCCGGGCCAGGACCUGGAGGCUGACUUUCCUAAGAACCCUCUAGACAUCAACCCCAGUGUGGACUUCCUCUUUGACUGCGGGCUGGUGGGACCAGAUGAUGUGUCCGCAGAGCAAGAUCUGCCUCGUGCUGUCCGAAAGGGACAGAAGCGUCUGGUGCUCUCUGAAAGCUGUUCCCGGGACUCAAUGAGCAGCCAGCCCAGCUGCACAGUGCUGAACUACUCAUACGGUGUGAAUGCGUGGAAGUCCUGGGUGCAAGCCAAGUAUGCAGGGGGAGAGACCAGUAAGGGAGAGGAGCUACGCUUUGGCCCCAAGCCCAUGAGGAUCAAGGAAGACAUCUUGGCCUGCACAGCAGCUGAACUCAACUACGGACUGGCCCAGUUUGUCAAGGAGAUAACACGGCCCAAUGGGGAGCGCUAUGAACCGGAUAGCAUCUAUUACCUCUGUCUUGGCAUCCAGCAGUACCUGCUCGAGAACAAUCGUAUGGUGAAUAUAUUUACAGACCUUUACUACCUGACCUUCGUGCAGGAGCUGAACAAGUCCCUGAGUGGCUGGCAACCCACAAUCUUACCAAAUAACACAGUUUUCUCACGUGUUGAGGAGGAGCACCUCUGGGAAUGCAAGCAGCUGGGCGUUUACUCACCUUUCGUGCUCCUCAACACCCUCAUGUUCUUCAACACCAAGUUUUUUGGGCUGCAGACAGCAGAGGAGCACAUGCAGCUGUCCUUCACCAAUGUGGUGCGCCAGUCCCGCAAAUGCACCACGGCCCGAGGCGUGACAAAGGUGGUGAGCAUCCGCUACUACGCUCCUGCCAAGCAGAAAAAAGGCCGAGAUGGCAGCUCUGGAAAACGGAAGCGUGAGGAGGAGGUACCAGUGCUGGAGCAGCGGGAGAACAGGAUGAACCCACUCCGAUGCCCUGUCAAAUUCUAUGAGUUUUAUCUCUCCAAAUGUCCCGAGAGUCUUCGGAACCGCAAUGAUGUCUUCUACCUGCAACCUGAACGGUCGUGCAUUGCUGAGUCCCGCAUCCUGGCCGUGAGGGAGAUCUACGAGGAGCACAGUCGGCUCAGUGGCCUGGAGGACGACAUGGACUAA